AUGGAGAACCUUAUAUUGUCAAAAGACCUCAUUGAGAGGUACUCGGCCUAUCAGGCCGAGCUCGCAGAACAAUCCACAGAAGCUGUCGAUGGAAUCCUUGAAUUUGAGGAGUCACCCAUAAAAGAAAGUGAAAAAUCAGUUGAAGCUCAAGACCCGUUGCAAGAGGUCAACCUUGGCCCUCAAGCAGCUCGUCGAAAGCCAUUUGUACCCUGUUAUUUCGUGUACGGGGACUCCGUGAACGGCAAUGGCAAUAAUGUCAACCUUCCUUCUUCUCUUAGACCUGUCUUCCUGCCAUAUGGGAUCGACUUUCCCGACGGACCAACCGGAAGGUACAGCAACGGUCGGAAUUUCGAUGACGUCGUAGCGCAAGCGCAAGCGCAAGCGCAAGAGCAGUUCUUGGGCUUUGACAACUUUAUUCCUCCAUAUGCAAAUGCAAGUGGUAGAGAUAUACUUCAGGGGGUCAAUUAUGCCUGUGCUGGUGCUGGAAUUCUUUAUAGAACUGGGAAGCAAUUGGGUAACGUAGCAACAUUUACUGAUCAACUGAAGCAGCACCAAUACGUAGCCUCAGAAAUUGCGAAGAUUUUAGGAGACGAGAACUCGGCUGCAUUUCAUCUAAAGAAGUGUUUAUAUUACGUCGACCUCGGCAAUAACGAUUACCUCGGAAAUUACUUCGGUUUUACCAAUCUCAGUCUGCAAUACACUCCUGAACUGUAUGCCAAUCUUCUCGUUGAAACAUAUUCUCAGAAGAUGAAGGAUUUGUACAACUACGGAGCGAGGAAGAUGAUCCUAUCAGGGGCAAACUUUAUUGGGUGCACAGCAUUUGUAUUGGCCCAUAGUCCUCCAACGUUUUCGCAGUGCAUAGGCUAUGUCAAUUUCGCUAUGCGGAUAUUCGACGACAAGCUUAAAUCUCUCGUCAGUGACUUGAACAAGCACUUUGCUGAUGCUAAAUUCACUUAUCAGGACACUUCCGCCAUUUUUCAAGAGUUACUAGACAACCCAUUGCUAUACGGCUUCAAGGUCACAACAACCGCUUGCUGUGGGCACGGACGGAAGCGUGGUAAGAUCAGCUGUCAGAAAUACCAAAUCCCAUGCAAGAACAGGGACGAGUACUUGUUUUGGGACCUUGCCCAUCCUACUGAAGCCGUCAAUGUGGUCGCGGCCAGCAAAUUAUUCAGCGAUGAAGCUGAACUGUUCACUUACCCAUUCACCAUUUCCCAGUUAGCCCAGCUCUAA